AUGGAGAAUGUAUUUGUUAUGUUACGACUAAUUUGUAAGGAGCGACGGAAACUUGGAGUGAUCAAUUUCCCGAUUUCCGAAGAUUAUCCAAUGUACCUGCCAUUUUUCCAGAAUGAGACCAAACGCGGGAAGGAGCUGGGUGCCGUAGAGAAGUAUCGGCUCCGACGAAAAUAUCCGCCACCGCGAAGCAUAUGGGAUGGACAAGAAACUAUCUACUCAUUCAAGGAAAAUAGCAGAAAGUACCUAAAACAGUUCUACAAGCAAAACCAGUAUCCUACUCUGGAUCAGAAGAAGGAAAUCUCUAGAGCUACAGACUUGGAGAUCGUACAGAUCUCAAACUGGUUCAAGAAUCGCCGCCAACGGGACAAGACGAGAAUGGAAUGCGCGCAGUACGGUCGCCCACAAAUGGUGCAACUGCAGACGCUCGCCUACGGUAAUCUACCGUUGAAUAUGAAUAUCACAAUGCCGUAUUCAUGCAAAAUGGAGUGA